AUGCCAAAAGUGGCUAAGGUAAAAAACAAAGCUCCUGCAGAAAUACAAAUUACAGCUGAACAACUGCUUAGAGAAGCAAAAGAAAGAGAUUUGGAGAUUUUACCGCCGCCACCAAAACAGAAGAUAUCCGAUCCAGAAGAGUUAAGAGAUUACCAGCAUCGCAAACGAAAAGCAUUUGAGGACAAUAUUCGUAAAAAUAGACAAGUCAUAGGAAACUGGUUAAAAUAUGCCCAAUGGGAAGAGUCUCAGAAGCAGAUACAAAGAGCUCGUUCAAUAUAUGAAAGAGCUUUGGAUGUGGACCAUAGAAAUGUUACCCUUUGGCUAAAGUACACUGAAAUGGAGAUGCGUAAUAGACAAGUUAACCAUUCCCGAAAUUUAUGGGACCGAGCUGUUACAAUACUACCCAGAGUUUCUCAGUUUUGGUAUAAGUAUACCUACAUGGAAGAAAUGUUAGAAAAUGUGGCUGGAGCUAGACAAGUGUUUGAGCGCUGGAUGGAGUGGCAACCUGAUGAACAAGCAUGGCAAACAUAUAUCAAUUUUGAAUUACGAUACAAAGAAUUAGAUAGAGCAAGACAAAUCUAUGAGAGAUUUGUAAUGGUGCAUCCUGAUGUGAAACACUGGAUUAAAUAUGCAAGAUUUGAAGAAAAUCAUGGUUUCAUAAAUAGUGCUAGAAAAGUUUAUGAGAGGGCAGUUGAGUUCUUUGGUGAUGAAGAGCUUGAUGAAAGAUUGUUUAUUGCUUUUGCAAAGUUUGAAGAAAACCAAAAGGAGCAUGACAGAGCAAGAGUCAUUUAUAAGUAUGCUCUUGAUCAUAUCCCUAAAGAUAAAAACAAAGAACUUUAUAAGGCAUAUACAAUUCAUGAGAAGAAAUAUGGAGAUAGAUCUGGAAUUGAGGAUGUCAUUGUAAAUAAAAGAAAGUAUAUGUAUGAACAAGAAGUCAUAGAAAACCCAACAAACUAUGAUGCAUGGUUUGACUAUAUCAGAUUAGUUGAAAACGAAGGUAAUGUUGAUGAUAUUCGUGAUACCUAUGAAAGGGCAAUAGCAAAUGUUCCACCGUCAAAAGACAAACAGUUUUGGCGGCGUUACAUUUAUCUGUGGAUCAAUUAUGCUUUGUAUGAGGAGUUAGAAGCUGAGGAUAUAGAACGAACAAGACAGGUUUACAGAACCUGCUUAGAGUUAAUACCUCACAAAAUAUUCACAUUUUCCAAGAUUUGGCUUAUGUACGCUCAUUUAGAAGUUAGAUGUAAAAAUUUGAAACAAGCUAGAAAAACCCUGGGAAUGGCAUUAGGCAUAUGCCCACGCGAUAAAUUAUACAGGGGAUACAUUGAUUUGGAAAUUCAAUUAAGAGAGUUUGAUAGAUGCAGAAUAUUGUAUCAAAAAUUUCUGGAAUAUGGUCCAGAAAAUUGCAUAACAUGGAUGAAGUUUGCGGAGUUAGAAACAUUACUUGGAGAUAUUGAUAGAGCUAGAGCUAUAUAUGAAAUAGCAGUCUCUCAACCACGAUUAGACAUGCCAGAACUACUUUGGAAAAGUUACAUUGACUUUGAAGUUUCACAAGGAGAAACCGAGAAGGCUAGGCAGCUCUAUGAAAGACUGUUGGACAGAACUGUCCAUGUAAAAGUAUGGUUAUCAUAUGCAAAAUUUGAGUUGAAUGCUGAAAAUCCUGAUAAUAUAAAUGUUGAACUAGCAAGAAAAAUUUAUGAGCGGGCAAACGAUAGCCUCAGAAGUGCUGGGGAAAAGGAAGCUCGGGUUCUCCUUCUAGAAGCCUGGAAAGAAUUCGAGGUAGAAAUUGGAAAUGACAUAAAACUUGAAAAAGUGUUAUCCAAAAUGCCAAGAAGAGUUAAGAAGAGACAAAAGAUAGUAAGUGAAACUGGAGUGGAAGAAGGAUGGGAAGAAGUGUUCGAUUACAUAUUCCCUGAAGAUGAAAUGGUGAGACCCAACCUAAAACUGCUUGCAGCUGCGAAAAACUGGCGCAAACAGAAGGAAGUUGAAACUGAACCACCAGAUGAUGGCAAUAACAGCCCAUCAAGUGAUGAAUCGUCUUUAACGAAUACAGUA